AUGCAAGCCGCCGCCGCCAACACCUUGCGCAUCGCCUCGCGUCGCCACUUCUCCAGCUCUGCCGUGGCGCGUGCUGAGGAGUCUGCUCCUGUCGUUGUUAACUACAAGCGCCCCGUCGGUGGAUUCCGUGGAGGUAUUCUCGGAUUCUUGAUUGGCGCCACUGCUGCCGGCGGUGCUGGUUACUACUACCUCUUGGAGGAAUACCAGACUGCCUCCAACUUGUUGUUGAACAGCGUCGAGGACUUGCAGGCCUCCACCAACAAGGUCCGCGAUUACGCCAAGAAGAUCGAGUCGGUCGAGGCCGAGUUGAAGACCUUGAGGAGCAAGACUGCAACCGUAGAACAGUUGAGCGAGCUCAAGUCGGAGGUCAAGAAGGUCUACGAUGGCUUGAACAUUGAGCACCUCGAGCUCAAGUCCCACGUCUGGGGCCUCGAGAUGGAUCUCCAGAAGAUCCAGCAGCAGUCCAAGGCCGUUUAA